AUGAAUAAAAAUAAAUAAUCAACAUAGCCAAUCACAACCAUUAACUUAAAAAACAUUGAUUACUAAGCAAAAUUAGAUUAUAUAUAACUACAAUUAAAAAAGUAUAUAAUUACAUAUUUAUUAUAAGUAAAGAAUCAUAAACAUAAUGGAAAUAAUAUUAAAAAGAAGUUAUUGAGAAAGAGGUAACAAUGCUUAAUUAAGAAUUAGAAAUAUAAUAAAAACUAUAAGAAUUGAAAUUAGUUUAAGCUAAUUAUCCAUUUACAAAUAUGGACAAUGAAAAUGAAUAAUAAAAAAUAUAAGGAUAUUUAUUUGAUGGAAUUUUGUGUUCAAUUGCAGAUUUAACUUUAAAUAAUUGUGUUUUAGAUAAUAAUUAAGAUGGAUAAAUUGUAAAUGAAUAAUAAAAAAAGAAAAAAGGUAGAAAACCAGGAAAAUCUGGAAAACCUGGAAAAAUUGGAAAAACAAAAGAAUAAUCACAAAAAAUUGAUAAAGAACAUGAUAAAUAAAAAGAAGAAAAAAAUCAAAAAAAAUAAAAAGGAAGACCAAAAUCAAAACCUUAAAUUAUCACUUAAAAAGUACCAAAUGUUUAGAAAGCUUAAUCUAAAUAAUAAAAAUUAAAACCAGGAAGAAAACCUACAAAAUAGAAAGUUGUUGAAGUAGUUGUUAAAGGUAAAUAAAAAGGACAAAAUAAAAAAGUUUAGAUUAAAAAAAAGAUUUCAAAAAAACUAAAUAAAAAGAAAUGA